AUGGGUGCCACAGAACCUGUGGUAGAGAGAGAAAAUGGUGAAGCAGUGAGGGAAGAGAGAGAAAAUGAGAGUAAUCGAGAGGCAGAAGUAGAUUUCAGGGAUGUGGAGAGAGGUCCGGAGGUGGGUGCUCAAGAACAUGGUGUCCAGACACACUCUCCUGGUGAAUUUCAUAUGUCAAGGCUUUCCUUUGGGAAUUCAAAGCCGGCUUCAAGGAGGAGAAACUCAGAGGAAAGAGAAGAGGGUACUAGAGUAUUUUCUGCCUCAGGUUGA